UCUCUGAACAUGUCUGUUGGAGUCCUCGUCAUUGCAGCUGGGAACCCAACCCUUCUUUUCCUUCUCUUCCUAUAUUAGUUAUGGAUAUAGCGAUGCUAAGUCCUCAUCUUCAUCAUUAUUCAAAUGCGACACAAACUUCUAUUCUUUCGCGGAAGCCUUCCCAAUAUUAGUUACCCCUUUCGCAGAAAAGACGACCCUAAAAGCUUCAGUCUAAAGCAAUUUGAAUUGGCCUGCAAGAAUAAUCGCACAAUAUUAUACUUGUUUGGUGCAACUGGAAAGUAUACAUCCUAACCAUCAACUGCAGCAACAGAACCAUUCGGGGUAAUGGAGGUGGGCAUCGACUAGCACAAUUGCUCAUUUUUUCCCCUUUAUUUCCUCUCGUCACGUAACUUUGUAGAUCUAAGUGGAUAUCCCCAUAAAUAUGGGUCAUAGUACUACUCUAAUGUAGAAGUAGUUUCAUCAGUUGUGAAAGGCCGGUGAAGUCUCGUUACUACCGGGAGAUUAAUGGUUCUUCUUGGUUGUACAUGGAUCUUGCUGUUGCUGCCGCCUCUAAUAAUAAUUCUUGUAAAUGAAAAUAGCUAUGCUAAGUCCUUCUUAUCAUCAUCAUCAUCCAAAUGCCAACCAAACUUCAAUUCCUCCUGCGGAAGCCUUCCCAAUAUCAGCUACCCCUUCCGCCUCAAGCAUGACCCCAAAGGCUGUGGCCUAAAACAAUACGAAUUGGCCUGCGAGAAUAAUCGCCCAAUAUUGUACUUGUUAGCUGGGAAGUACUACGUCCUAGACAUCAACUACAAGAACGAAACCAUUCGGGUAGUGGACGUGGGCAUCGACCAACACAAUUGCUCCUCUCUUCCUCUUCAUUCCUUGCCGCUGGCUAACCUGCCUUCAGAAUAUCCUAUUUUUUUCGUCGAUUUUUUGACUGUAGUAAUGUUGGUGAACUGUCAGAGGCCGAUAAAGUCUGGGGAUUAUUCUUACGUGGAUCUUGCUGCUGGUUCUAAUUCUAAUUGCUUCAACAAUUACUCUUUUUCAAGACGAAAUCAUUCGUAUAUGCUGGUAGGUCAUGACCUGACAAUGUCGAAAGUAACCGAAUCGUGCACGGUAAAGGCGGUGGUUCCUGUUGCGGAUGAGCCAUUCCUCGGUGGCCGGAACCUUUCCCUCUUGGACUUUCACAACGCCAUGGCUAAUGGAUUUGAGCUUUACUACAUUUAUGGGCCAUGCCCCAAAGAAUGGUCCCACUUCCAUUGCCUCAUGGAGGGCAUCCGAAUGUUAACGAUAGAAUUCUUCUUUUAUGAGACCCUCGUCUGGUGCGGAUAUCUCGGUGUAAGAGCUUUAAUUGGGCUACCACUUUAUUUGGCACUUUUGGUGUACAAAUUCAGGAGAAGACAUGCAUGGAUGAACGAAGACAUUGAGAGUUUCCUUCAAAGUCAAGACGAUCUUGUGCCCAUUAGCUACUCUUAUUCUAUGAUUAAUAAAAUGACUACCGGCUUCAACCAUAAGCUAGGUGAAGGAGGCUUUGCUGAAGUCUAUAAAGGAAAACUUCGUAGCGGUAAAAUUGUAGCUGUAAAAAUGUUAAAGAUGUCCAAAGCUACUGCACGAGAGUUUAUCAACGAAGUUGCCACCAUUGGCAAGAUCCAUCAUGUCAACGUGGUUCGUCUUGUUGGAUUUCAUGCUGGAAGAUCUAAACGCGCUCUUAUAUAUGAUUUUAUGCCUAAUGGGUCACUUGAAAAAUACAUAUUUUUCGAGCAAGGAGAUUCAUCUUUGACCUAUAACCAAAUGUUCAAGAUUUCACUUGGUGUGGCUCGUGGAAUUGAGUACUUGCAUUGCGGUUGUGAGAUGAAGAUCUUGCAUUUUGACAUCAAGCCUCACAACAUUCUUCUUGACGAGGAUUUUACCCCUAAAGUUUCAGAUUUUGGAUUGGCAAAACUAUACCCAACUGAUGAUAGCAUUGUGUCUUUGACUGCAGCUAGAGGGACAUUCGACUACAUGGCUCCAGAGUUGUUAUACAAAAACAUUGGAGGGGUUUCUCACAAGGCUGAUGUUUACAGUUUCGGAAUGUUGCUAAUGGAAAUGGCAGGUAGGAGGAGGAACCUAAAUGCCUUUGUGGAUCACUGUAGCCAAGUUUACUUCCCUUCAUGGGUAUAUAACCAGUUAAAUAAAGGAAAGGGGAUAGAAAUAGGGGAUGCCAACGAGGAGGAUGAAUUGCUAGUGAAAAAGAUGAUGUUGGUGGCUCUGUGGUGCAUUCAAAUGAAACCCGAUGAUCGCCCAUCAAUGAGCAAGGUAGUGGAGAUGCUCCAAGGGAGUGUUACACUCUUGCCUAUGCCUUCCAAGCCCUCUGUUUGUCCACAAGAAAUGGGAGAUGAAUAGAUUGGAAUCAACAAAAAUCUUGCAGGGCAAACAUUGGUGUAUAUUUUCAUUUACUAUGAACAGAAGUGGAAGUGGAAGUAAAACUUAAUAUUUCAUGUAAAAAAUAAUGUGCGUAGCUAGAGGGAGCGUGCAACCAUGCAUGGCAUCUCAAUCUUAUUCCAACAUAUAUAAUUAGGCAACUAUGCUUCAACUUUGUAUAUCAUAUUUACUAAUAAGAUGUUAUUAAAUUAAUGUAUCUUUAUUUAUGUUCUAAUAUAUUGCUUUGUACGA